AUGGCUCCGAGCCAGCCUCCCAAGCCUAAUCCGCUGCCUCGGGGCCCGGUGGUGGCGAUCUGCGUCAUGUACUUCACCAACGCGCUCGCGCCCACCAUCCUCUUCCCCUUCCUGCCGCUCAUGGUCGCCAGCUUCCACGUCACCGACGACCCCACUAAGCUCGGCUACUAUGCGGGCUAUCUCGGCUCCUCUUACUUCGUCGGCUCACUCAUCAGCAGCAGCUUCUGGGGCAUCCUAUCAGACCACUGGGGGCGCAAGCCAGUGUUGCUGAUAGGCCUGGCGGCCAACAUGGUGUGCGGGGGUGCGUUCGGCCUCUGCACGUCCUUCCAUGCCGCCAUGCUCUGCCGCCUGCUGCACGGCCUCCUCUCCACCAUCGCUGCUACCGGCAGGACCACAGUGGCCGAACUCUGUGACUCCACCAAUCAGGCACAAGGCUUCGCCCUGCUGGGAACCAAUUUCGGUCUCGGGCUGCUCAUUGGUCCAGCACUGGGAGGGUUUCUGUGCGAGCCAGCAGUCAAGUACCCCUGGCUCUUCCCCCCGCACUCUCUCUUUGCCCGCCUGCCCUUCCUCCUGCCCUGCCUGCUGCUCGCCCUGCUCUCCCUCCUCGGCCUCCUUGCCACCGCUGCACUACUGCCAGAAACCAAGGGGUGGGCUCACCGGGUGGUCGACAUAGACCAGGAGCUAGGAGAAGGGGCAGAGGAGGAUGAGGAGGAGGUGGAGGAGGAAGGGGAGGAGGAGGAAGGGGAAGAGAAGGAGGAGGAGGGAGAGAAAGAGGAGGAGGGAGAGAAAGAGGAGGAGGGUGGGGCGAGUAUGAUGAGGAGCGGGCAUGCAUGGUAG